CACGGCCUUCGCCUCCCGCCACACCUCGCAGUUCGUAGCAGCGAAUAAGCGAGCUCCAUUUGAUUCUUUGAUUACAAUGGAGUCCACCAAGGUCUCGGCGAUGCUCCUGCUCGCCAUGCUCGCGCUCUCCUCCUCCCCGCUCGCCCUCGCGUGCGGCUCGUGCGGCUCCGGCGGUAGCGGCAGUGCACCGUCGGGCGGCGGCGGCAGCGCGCCCUCGGGUGGUGGUGGUGGUAUCGGAGGAGUCGUCGGAGGAAUCGUCGGGGGUGUCGCUCCCGUCGUCGGAGGAAUCGUCGGCAAAGUUCCUCCUGUCGUAGGAGGAGUUGUCGGGGGAGUAGCUCCGGUCGUCGGUGGAAUCGUCGGGAAAGUUCCUCCGGUUGUAGGAGGAGUUGUCGGGGGAGUAGCUCCGGUCGUCGGUGGAAUCGUCGGGAAAGUCCCUCCCGUCGUCGGCGGUGUCGUCGGAGGUUGUCGCCCCGUCGUCGGUGGAGUCGUCGGUGGCGUCGCCCCGGUCGUCGGAGGUGUCGCCCCCGUUGUCGGUGGCGUCGUCGGAGGCAUCGCCCCGGUUGUCGGAGGAAUCAUCGGCGGCGGCAGCGGCGGCGGCGGCUACAGCCCGAGCCCGAGCCCGCCGAAGCGACACGGCGGGAGGAAGGCGUGCCCGCCAUCGCCGACGCCGACGCCGUCCACCCCGACGCCGUCGUCCUCGGACACGUGCCCCAUCGACGCGCUCAAGCUCGGCGUGUGCGUGGACCUCCUCGGCAACGAGGUGCACAUCGGCGACGCCCACGUGACGUGCUGCCCGCUGGUGAAGGACAUCGCCGGCCUGUCCGCCGCCGCCUGCCUCUGCACCGCCAUCAAGGCCAAGGUGCUCGACAUCAGCAUCUACAUCCCCAUCGCGCUCAAGCUCCUCGUCAACUGCGGCUGCGACGUCCCGCCUGGCUACACCUGCGCCUAAGCCAUCCUCAUGCACGUCACGUCCCAAACCAUGCACGUCACGUCCCAAGCCAUGCACGCAUUCAUUAUUCUCUCUCGAGUACACAGUUUAGCUUCAAUCAAAUUAAGGUCGGUCGUUAAUUUGGUCAAAUCGGUCGGGUGAUGAAGCCACUCGCUUCUGGGAUGUUCAAUUAUUCAGUGAACUUCUUUUUUAUUGGAUUUGCUUUUCUUGUUUUGCAAUGUUAAUUUGUACAUGUAGUGGCUCCGGAAAUUGUCAUCAAUUGUACUGUAUGCAUGUAUUGUAAAACUAUUUAAUUUAAUUCCCAGAUGUAACUCUUGUUUGCAA